GUCCAAGCUGACCCAGAUCGUGGUGGACGUGUCUGCCGGGCCCCACAAGGACCGGACGGUGGUGUUCCUGGGCUCGGAGGACGGGCGGGUCCUGAAGGUUUUGGCGAGCACGCAUCCCAACGACAGCUUUGGAUCCAAGCUGCUCGAGGACAUCAGCGUGUACAACCCGUCCAGGUGUAACGUUCAGGGACAGGAGGACAGGAGAGUUCUGGGCCUGGAGCUGGAUAAAGACCACCACGCUGUGUUCGUGGCGUUCAGCAGCUGCGUGAUCAGAGUCCCGCUGAGCCGCUGCACGCAGCACGCCGCCUGCAGGAG